AACCGAUUACGAAACUCAUGCCUUUCAAUAACGUCAAAGAAGGUAGCAAGGAGGAGAGGUGGGGGGUGUGAUCCCGUUCCACGUAAAAAUUUUAGCAAAAUUCAUGCAACACUUAUACUAUUAUCUACUGUUAACAAUGUUUUUUUUUUCAGAAAUUCUCAAAUUACAUUUGUCUUUUAGUUGCUUUUCACGCGUUGCUGACAAAUUUUUGCGCUCAUCACGUGUUACGCAUAAAUCUUCUGCCAAGCUUGACAAAAAAAAGUAUUAAAAUAGCGUAACAAGUGGAUGCUCCUCAGUUCCGUGUAGACAUAAUACUCUUCAAAGAGUUAGAAUUCAAAAAAAUUGGUGUAGCCGUCGCAAAGAAGCCACAAACAUGAACUAUUAAAUUAUAUAAAGCGGUGAAACAAACGCGGCAAUCGAUACACGAUGACUACCUCACCCCACCCCUCUUAAGUCUUAACCCAUGUCGGUCCCACCCCACCCCCACCCACUUCGACUUCGCCAGGAGCUCCUACCUUCGCACAGCAGAGGUGAAGGUGAACACGAUUUAUCAAAGGGAAGUUCCAAACCAUCCCUAACCCUAAUCUAACCUACCCGAGAAAAUAACUCUGUACAUGAUAAAAACAGCCAGGAGCCCAUGGGCUCCUGAAACAGCAGAAUGUCCGAAAUCCCCAGGUUGGAGAAGAAAUCAGCGCGGAGACUUGGAACGAGGUUGGCUAGUUCCCAGAUUCCCUUCAGCACAACCUCGUCCCCAGGGUCCCAUAAUAAUAUAAACCAAGAUGGCGGAUGUUCGUUCCUCGUUUUCCCGAUCGAAUUUGGCGAAUUUCUCUCGUCUACCUUGGGAAGAUGUGGUGUUUCUUCAUAUAUUUCCACAUUUUACCAUACCACAACUCUUUAAGUUUAGAAACGUGUGUAAAUUUUGCCGGGAUGCCUGUGAUUCGUAUUUUGCUUGGCAAAGAGUCCUCGACUGCAGUCAAGUUUCAUCUCGCCUCACGUCUAGUGCUCUGAUGUUGAUAACCAAAUCAAAUUUCUCAUUGCGGCUGCUGAGUUUGAAGAACUGCAAAAGCUGGCUUUGUGACACCGUCUUGGUAGAAAUCUUAAAGCGAAAUACACGACUCUGCGAGCUAGAUCUCACUGCUUGUUCAGGUUUAACAAACUUAGCGCUGUUCACCUUGGCGGAAUGUAACCGGGGUUUGAAAGUGUUAAGGUUACGAGAAUGUCGCUGGGUUUCUUCCGAUGCAGUUACUCAGGUAUCCCUGUGCUGCAUCAGCCUUGAGCACGUCGAUCUCGCUGGCUGUUGGGAGGUUACGGACUUGUGUGUUUCGUCGCUAGCUUCCUGUUGCAAUGGCUUGAAGACGCUUGUUCUUAACGACUGCUACGGUGUUAGCGAUAACUGUAUUCGAAUCGUCGCUAAAUCGUGUCCUAAACUGUCACAUCUUGGAAUAAGAGGUUGCUGGCGGGUUUCCAAUUCUGCCGUGAAAAUGGUCGGGGAAUACUGCCCUUUGUUAACGAUUCUGGAAGUUAGGGAUUGCAGAGAUAUUUCCGAGGCGAGUUUAGCCAGAUUGAGGAUCAGAGGGGUGAAGAUCGAUGUGGAACAGGCCAAGUGGACAAAUAUGCCAGUUGGCCCAAAUGAAUACCCGGAACAGCGGGAUUGGCGCAUCCCCAUGGUAAACUUAAACAUCACCAAGAUGGCGGAUGUUCGUUCCUCGUUUUCCCGAUCGAAUUUGGCGAAUUUCUCUCGUCUACCUUGGGAAGAUGUGGUGUUUCUUCAUAUAUUUCCACAUUUUACCAUACCACAACUCUUUAAGUUUAGAAACGUGUGUAAAUUUUGCCGGGAUGCCUGUGAUUCGUAUUUUGCUUGGCAAAGAGUCCUCGACUGCAGUCAAGUUUCAUCUCGCCUCACGUCUAGUGCUCUGAUGUUGAUAACCAAAUCAAAUUUCUCAUUGCGGCUGCUGAGUUUGAAGAACUGCAAAAGCUGGCUUUGUGACACCGUCUUGGUAGAAAUCUUAAAGCGAAAUACACGACUCUGCGAGCUAGAUCUCACUGCUUGUUCAGGUUUAACAAACUUAGCGCUGUUCACCUUGGCGGAAUGUAACCGGGGUUUGAAAGUGUUAAGGUUACGAGAAUGUCGCUGGGUUUCUUCCGAUGCAGUUACUCAGGUAUCCCUGUGCUGCAUCAGCCUUGAGCACGUCGAUCUCGCUGGCUGUUGGGAGGUUACGGACUUGUGUGUUUCGUCGCUAGCUUCCUGUUGCAAUGGCUUGAAGACGCUUGUUCUUAACGACUGCUACGGUGUUAGCGAUAACUGUAUUCGAAUCGUCGCUAAAUCGUGUCCUAAACUGUCACAUCUUGGAAUAAGAGGUUGCUGGCGGGUUUCCAAUUCUGCCGUGAAAAUGGUCGGGGAAUACUGCCCUUUGUUAACGAUUCUGGAAGUUAGGGAUUGCAGAGAUAUUUCCGAGGCGAGUUUAGCCAGAUUGAGGAUCAGAGGGGUGAAGAUCGAUGUGGAACAGGCCAAGUGGACAAAUAUGCCAGUUGGCCCAAAUGAAUACCCGGAACAGCGGGAUUGGCGCAUCCCCAUGGUAAACUUAAACAUCUGAGUUCUUCAGGAGCUGGAAGUCUGUGGUAAUCACUCUUGUUAAGAGUGGUUAGUGAUAAUCUUGUCUUAAUGGUUGCCAGCAUUACCUGCGUUACCUGAAAGCUGUAGAAGCAAGUUACUUACUGGGCAAAGUUUUCCAUUUAUUUCUCACUCUUCAAAUUGUGAACCCCACAUCUUUUAAAGGAGCUACUUCAUGGUUUGCACAUUUUGAAAAGUUUAGGCUAAAUUUUUCAAGUUCGUCAUUCUGUGCACCCCCAAAAUAACUCAAAAUACCGUCAUACUCAUUGAGCUCCUUUUAACUCAAUUUGAAACUGGAUUUGCUACCCUCCUUAGCAAUACACAUUGUAUUUAGUAAGGGUUGCAACAGGCCCUAUGCGCCAACUUGGCGCCAGGGGACAGGUGAAGAUGAAGGGUUGCAACACAAAUACACUCACCUUAUUUUAAUAUGUUGAUAUUUACAGUGUAUAUAUAGUUUUAAGAGUUGUACAUAUCAAUUUUUUUUUAAUUCUUUAAUACAUAGCUAGUAAAUAAUUUGUAAAAAUAGAGUUAUUAGUUAGGUGAACACCACUAGUUGGGAGACAUUUUCCUCUCUACAAAAUUUGACAUGUAAUUAAGUUAUAUACAUGUAUGUAUGAUUCAUUAUUUCUGAAAACUUUCCGACUGUUUUCGGUUGGUUUAAAUCAUAAAUAUAUUGAGGCAAUGACUUUAGCAGUGCCCGGUAGAGUUGAUGAGUAAUCUAGUCAAUUCAAAUUUCCUAGGUUUUAAUUAAUUUUUGUCAGGUUUGCAGGCCUGUGGCACCUGUUUAACUGCCAGGUUUCUCCAAGUCAAAGGCAGGCGAUUAUUGAUCCCUGCCAUAUUCAAGAAAGAUUUCCAAAGAUGUUCCAAAGAACAGUUUCACAGUCUCAUUCUUAGGAUGUGGUAAGCUAACAUAAUGUUGUCACAAGUAAUUUUUCCUUCUCAAUUUAUAAUAUGAGAGUCGAAGGGAAAAUAAAAGAAUUUAGAUUUGUGAGAACUAAGUUUUUUCAUGUGAGCAUGAGAUUGAAUUCAUUCACGAGUUUUCUGCCCAAUGCAAAAAAAAA